CAUUCAUUCCCAAAGCUACCAGAAGCAUUCCUCCCAGGAAAGGUAGAGUUGGUGGUGAAAAGCCGGAGGUGAGAAGACAUCUGGAAGGACAGACUAAUUCAUUUUCUGAAUUUCCUAUGUGGGGACAGUCUUAGAGCCUGGCAAGGCUUUGAGACAGCCUGAAGAUGAGUGCCAACAGCAGCACGGUGGGCCAGCUCCUCUGGCAGGGACCGGUGUGCACUGGCUGGAAGCAGGACCUGGAAGGGGCUGUCUACCAUCUCGCUAACUGCUUCUUGCUCCUGGGCUUUAUGGGGGGUAGUGGGAUGUAUGGAUGCUUCUACCUCUUUGGCUUUCUGGGCACGGGCUACCUGUGCUGUGUGCUGUGGGGCUGGUUCAAUGCCUGUGGCCUGGACAUUGUCCUCUGGAGCUUCCUGCUGGCAACAGCCUGCCUCCUCCAGCUGGCACAUCUGGUAUACCGCCUGCGUGAGGACACCCUCCCAGAGGAGUUCGAUCUCCUCUACAAGACGCUGUGCCUACCCCUGCAGGUGCCCUUGCAGGCGUACAAGAAGAUUGUUCACUGCUGUGAGGAGCAAGUCUUGACUCUAGCCACUGAUCAGACCUACGCUGUGGAAGGCGAGACGCCCAUCAACCGCCUGUCCCUGCUGCUCUCUGGCCGGGUUCGUGUGAGCCAGGAUGGGCAAUUUCUGCACUACAUCUUUCCUUACCAGUUCAUGGACUCUCCUGAGUGGGAAUCGCUGCAGCCCUCUGAGGAGGGGGUGUUCCAGGUCACUCUGACUGCCGAGACGGCAUGCAGCUACAUUUCCUGGCCCCGGAAAAGUCUCUACAUUCUUCUGGACAAAGAGCGAUACGUCUCCCGCCUCUUCACAGCCCUCCUGGGCUAUGACAUCUCAGAGAAGCUCUACACUCUCAAUGACAAGCUCUUUGCUAAGUUUGGGCUGCGCUUUGACAUUCGUCUCCCCAGCCUCUACCACGUCCUGGGUCCUGCUGCCUCCGAUGCCGGGCUGGAGUCCGAGAAGGAGGAUGAGGAAGUCCAUGAGCCAGCUGUGUCCCCUCCUCGGGCCAUAUCCACAUCUGUCCAGCAAACGCUUCCUUGCUCUCCCCCUCCAGCUGCCACCAACCCUCCUGUACCUUCUUCCUGGGCCAGGAUGUCCCAGCCCGACAGCGGCAUCCUGGCUUCUAGAUCUCCUCUCCAGAGCUACUCUCAAGUAACAUCCAUGGGACGGGCCCCCUUGGCUCCAAUCCACACUCCUGAACUUUAAGGAUCAAUGAGCCAUCCUUUUCUCUGGCCACAUUCAUCUUCACAGGAAGGUCACUUAUAUGCACACCCCUCUUCUCACCCACAGGAAGGUUCACAGGCAAGGUUGGAGCAGACACAGAAGACACCAACAUUGCCGCUAUACCAAGGGACCCGAGUGACUUUUAGAAUUCACCUUCACCAGCUCUCCUUCCUGAAGAAGGCAUCUAAAAGUGCAAAAGCACAGAUUCCAUCCUUUACUAACUGCAGAAUCUUGGGCGAGUUACAUAGCCUCUCUGCGCCUCACCGGCAAAGUGGGGAUUAUCAAACUCACCUCACAGGAUUGUUGUGAGGAUCAAAUGAGUUGACUUAGGUAAAGCACCUAGGACAUGGCAUGGUAUCUAGUAAGCACUCAAUAAAUCACUCAGUUCCUUUCCCU